CUGCAGGGUACCAGCAGCCUGUACUCCCAGAAUGCAGAGCGCAUGGCGCGUCAUUGGAGAGGGACGAUGAUGGCGGCGGUCGGUGCACCAGAAGUGAUCACACAGCUGGAAAGCGCUGCCAAAGUUUUAAUGGCACCGCCGUCCAUGGUCAGCACCGAACAGAGGCAGCAUGCUGAACACAUAUUCCUCUCCUUCAGGAAAUCAAAAUCCCCCUUUGCCAUCUGCAAGCACAUAUUAGAGACCAGUAAGGUGGACUAUGUGCUGUUCCAGGCAGCCACAGCCAUCAUGGAGGCCGUGGUGCGGGAGUGGAUCCUGCUGGAAAAGACCAGCAUCGAGUCUCUCCGGGCGUUCCUCCUGACCUACGUCUUACAGAGACCCAACCUCCAGAAAUAUGUCCGUGAGCAGAUCCUGCUGGCCGUGGCGGUCAUCGUGAAGAGGGGCUCUCUGGACAAAAGCAUCAACUGUAAAAGCAUCUUUCACGAGGUCGGACAGCUCAUCAGCAGCGGGAACCCCAAUGUGCAAACUCUGGCCUGCUCCAUCCUCACCGCUCUGCUCAGCGAGUUCUCCAGCUCCAGUAAAACCAGCAGCAUCGGCCUCAGCAUGGAGUUUCACGGCAGCUGCAAGCGUCUGUUUCAGGAGGACGGUCUGCUUCAGAUCUUUAUGCUGACCAUGGAGGUGCUGCAGGAGUUCAGCCGCAGAGAAAACCUGAACGCCCAGAUGUCGUCCGUCUUCCAGCGCUACCUGGCACUCGCUAACCAGGUCCUCAGCUGGAACUUCCUGCCGCCAAAUCUGGGGCGCCACUACAUCGCCAUGUUCGAGGCCACGCAGAACGUCAUGCUGAAGCCUACGGAGACCUGGAGGGAAGCGCUGCUGGACACACGAGUCAUGGACCUCUUCUUCACCGUGCACAGGAAGAUCCGGGAGGACUCGGACAUGGCCCAGGACUCCCUGCAGUGCCUGGCCCAGCUGGCCUCCAUGCACGGGCCUAUCUUCCCAGAUGAGAGCGCGCAGGUAUCGUACCUGGCCCACCUGGUGGAGGGUCUGCUCAGCAUGAUCAACGGGAUUGAGAUCGAGGACUCGGAGGCGGUGGGCAUCUCCAACAUCAUCUCCAAUCUGAUCACCAUGUUCCCUCGAAGUGUCCUAACAGCGCUGCCAAGUGAACUCUUCACCUCCUUCAUCAACUGCCUCACACUACUCACCUGCUCGUUCGGACGCAGUGCCGCUCUAGAGGAAGUGCUGGAUAAAGACGACAUGGUUUACAUGGAGGCCUACGACAAGCUGCUGGAGUCGUGGCUCACGCUCGUCCAGGACGAUGAGCAUUUUCCUUGCGGCUGCUUCGUCCAGCCGGCGAUCCAGGUCUUCAACUCGUACAUUCAGUGUCACCUGGCUGCUCCUGACGGCACCCGGAAUCUGUCUGUGAACGGCAUCUCCACUCACGAGGAGGAGGAGAUAAACGAGCUGCAGGAAGACGACAGAGAGCUUUUCUCUGACCAGCUGUCCAGCAUCGGCAUGCUGGGACGUGUGGCCGCUGACCACUGUAUCCCUCUGCUCACGAGCCUGUUGGAGGACCGGGUAACCCGACUACACGGUCAGCUCCAGAGGACCCAGCAGCACCUCAUGGCGACAUCUGACCCCGCAUCAAUGGACCGCAAAGUCCUGGACGACCUGUACGAGGACAUCCACUGGCUCAUACUGGUCUCAGGGUAUUUAUUAGCAGACGACCCUCAGGGAGAAACCCCGCUGAUCCCCUCGGAGGUGAUGGAGUUCUCCAUCAAACACGCGACGGAGGUGGACAUGAACACCACGCUGCAGAUCCUCGGGUCACCGGGAGAGAAGGCGUCGUCCAUACCGGGCUUCAACCGCACAGACUCAGUCAUCAGGUUGCUCUCAGCCGUGUUGCGGACGUCAGAGGUCGAGUCCCGAGCGACAAGAGCGAGCCUGACGGAGCUUCUGAGUCCACAGAUGGGGAAGGACAUCGUGUGGUUCCUGAGACGAUGGGCCAAGACGUACCUGCUGGUGGACGAGAAGCUCUACGAACAGAUCAGCAUCCCUCUCAGCACGGCGUUCGGUUCAGACACGGAGGGGGCCCAGUGGAUUGUGGGAUACCUUCUGGAGAAGGUGAUCAACAACCUGUCCGUGUGGAGCUCAGAGACCGAGCUGGCAAACGACACGGUGGAGCUGCUGGUGACGCUGGUGGAGAAGAGAGAGAGGGCGAACAUCGUGGUGCAGUGUGAGAGCUGGUGGAGUCUGGCCAAGCAGUUUGCCAGCCGUAGUCCGCCCCUCCACCUGCUGUCCAGCCCGGUGCAGAGGACUCUGAUGAAAGCUCUGGUCCUGGGAGGCUUCGCUCACAUGGACGCUGACACCAAGCAGCAGUACUGGGCGGAGGUGCUCCACCCGCUCCAGCAGCGCUUCCUCAACCUCAUCAACCAGGAGAACUUCGCUCAGAUCAGCCAGGAGGAGGCCGUCAAACGGGAAAUCGUCGCCACGUUAGAGGCGCUGUGCGGCAUCGCAGAGGCGACGCAGAUCGACAACGUGGCCUCGCUCUUCUCAUUCCUCAUGGACUUCCUGUCCAGCUGCAUCGGCCUUAUGGAGGUCUACAGCAACACGCCCGAGACAAUCAACCUCAUCAUCGAGGUGUUUGUGGAAGUGGCUCACAAACAGAUCUGUUACCUGGGAGAGACUAAGUCCAUGAAGCUGUACGAGGCGUGUCUGACGCUCCUGCAGGUUUACUCCAAAAACAACCAGAGCAGGAAGAGGAGCGACGCCACUGCCGAGGAGGACCAGUACCAGGACCUGCUGCUCAUCAUGGAGCUGCUCACAAACCUGCUCUCCAAAGAGUUCAUCGACUUCAGCGACACGGAUGAGGUGUUUCGAAACCAGGACCAGGGAACGCCGGCGUCUAGUCGGACGGUAUCGGCGGCAGAUGUGGUCCUCUACGGAGUCAACAUCGUUCUUCCACUCAUGUCUCAGGACCUGCUCAAGUUCCCGUCUCUGUGUAACCAGUACUACAAGCUCAUCACCUUCAUCUGUGAGAUCUUUCCAGAGAAGAUCCCUCAGCUGCCUGAAGACCUCUUCAAGAGCCUCAUGUUCUCGCUGGAGCUCGGCAUGACCUCGAUGAGUUCAGAGAUCAGCCAGCUGUGUUUGGAGGCUCUGUCUCCUCUGGCCGAGCAGUGCGCUAAGAACCAGGAGAAGGACACGCCUCUCUUCGUCGCUACACGUCACUUCCUCAAGUUGGUGUUUGACAUGCUGGUCCUGCAAAAACACAACACAGAGAUGACGGUGGCGGCAGGAGAAGCCCUCUACACACUCGUGUGCCUGCAUCAGGCGGAGUACUCUGAGCUGGUGGAGACCCUCCUCUCGUCGCAGAGAGACGCCGUCAUCUACCAGCGGCUGGCCGACGCCUUCAACAAGCUGACGGCCACCAGCACGCCGCCCACCAUGGACCGCAAGCAGAAGCUCGCCUUCCUCAAGAGCCUGGAGGAGUUCGUGGCCAACGUGGGCGGGCUGCUCUGCGUGAAAUAACCACUGGAAAAUAAACCGACGCCGCCUCAAAUCAUCGUUCUGAAAAAAGCAACCAAUCAAAGACGACCCCCCCCCUGCUUCGUCCCCCUAAGAACUCUGGGUAGAGGAAGCGACGGCUCGAAGCCUCGGAGGAACUCUUCGUCUCUCUACCGGCGGGGGAAUCAUCUCAUGCCUGAAUGUUCAUCCUCCUGGUUUCUUUCUUUAUUUUAAACCCUCUACCUGUUGGCCCCGCCCUCCAGCGUGAUUGACAGGUUCAAGAUGAUGAUGAUGAUGAUGAUGAUGAUUAUAAUGAUGAUGAUGAUGAUGAUGAUGAUGUGGAGAUUGAACUGCUUAGCAGACUGGAUGAAUGUUGCCUGAAUGACGGAAGCACUGACCAUCAUGACCACGAGAGGCGGAGCAGCAGCUGACGUGUGGAGGUGACCUCCUCCACGCCUCCCUUCUGCUGCCACCUGGUUUACCUGGAGGCCGCCAGAGCACGCACACACACACACACACACACACACACUCACACACACACACA